CCCCUCCCCCCACCCCCAGAGGUGUAGUGCAUUGUGGGUAAGGGGUCGGCAGGCAGUGGUUCCAUAGCUGUUCCAGCAUCUUUUUUUUUAAGCAGACACGAAAUUAGUCCAAAGUAGGGACAAAAUGAAGCUGAAUGCAUUUCUCACACCACAGCGUCGUUAAAGCUGGAGUCGAGGGUCUUUCUGCACGCCCACGUUGGCGUUUGCAGAAGCUUCCUGUCGCCACAGGACUCUAAGCACAAUGCCUUACUGGAGACCCCUAAAGUGUUUAUAACACACAACGCAACACAGUCCAUGUUUACAUUCCCAAUGUGAAGGGAAACCGUUUGGAGAACCAACAAAAAAAAGAAGAUCUGCACCACUCUAGGCCUGCCCGCACACCUGCCCGCAGCCUCCCCUGGGCGAGCCACCCUGCCUUCCAGCAUCUCACCCCGUUUUUCCUCUCCGGCCAAGUCCUCCCUGCCUGCUCCCGUCGACGGAACAGUGCGCAGCGUGCCUACCAUGAGAUUCCGCGUCUACAAGAGGAAGGUGGUGAUUCUGACCGUGGUGGUGGUGAUCUGCGGUUUCGCUGUGUGGAGCAACGGCAACCGGCAGCGGAAGGCGGCGGUGUUCCCCAAGGAGGCGGAGCCGGCGUCGAGGAAAGGAGGAGCAGGAAGCAGCGGCGGCGUCCUCAGCAGCAGCAGCAGCAGCAGUAGCAGUAGUAGCAGCAGUAACAACAACAACAACCAGGCACAGGCCCCACCCCAGCCCCAGCCGCAAGUCCAGGUCCAGCCCCAGCCCCAGCUCCAGCUCCAGGCCCAGGCCCAGAUCCACCAGAUCAACCAGGCCCAGAUCCAACAGAUCAAACAGGCCCAAGGGCAGCCCCAACCCCAGGUCCACCACACCACGGUGCCGGUGAGCCGGAGAGCGGCCAAUGAGACGCCGGUAGAGAAAGCGGCCGCGGCGGCCAGUGCGCAGGCGGACAACGCCACGCUGGUCUACCGCAGCAUCGUGUUCCAGCUCAACUUCGACCAGACCAUCCGCAACCAGGAGAAGUUCCGCGCGGCGCGGCAGAAGGACGACCUGGUGGUGGUGGUGCAGGUGCACAACCGGCCCGAGUACCUGCGCCUGCUGGUGGACAGUCUGAGGAGGGCGCGCGGCGUGGAGAGCAUCCUGCUGAUCUUCAGCCACGACUACUGGUCGGCCGAGAUCAACCAGGUGGUGGCCUCGGUGGACUUCUGCGCCGUGCUGCAGAUCUUCUUCCCCUUCAGCAUCCAGCUGUACCCGCGCGAGUUCCCGGGCAACGACCCCAAGGACUGCCCGCGCGACAUCCCCAAGAAGGAGGCCUUAAAGCUGGGCUGCAUCAACGCUGAGUUCCCGGACUCCUUCGGCCACUACCGCGAGGCCAAGUUCUCCCAGACCAAGCAUCACUGGUGGUGGAAGCUGCACUUUGUGUGGGACCGCGUGCACGUGCUGAAGGACCACCAGGGCCUGGUGCUCCUCAUCGAAGAGGACCACUACCUUGCGCCGGACUUCUACCACAUGCUGCGGAUGAUGGCCGCCCUGAAGCGCGAGCAGUGCCCCGACUGCAGCGUGCUGUCGCUGGGCAGCUAUGGCCAUGUGGGCUACUCGAGCAAGGCCAACCGCGUGGAGGUCAAGGCCUGGAAGUCCACCGAGCACAACAUGGGCAUGGCCCUGACGCGCCAGACCUACCAGCAGCUCAUCCAGUGCACGGACGCCUUCUGCACGUACGACGACUACAACUGGGACUGGUCGCUGCAGCACCUGACGGUCACCUGCCUGCCCACCUUCUGGAAGGUGAUGGUGUGCGAGGCGCCGCGCAUCUUCCACGCCGGCGACUGCGGCAUGCACCACAAGAAGAGCGCCUGCAUGCCCACCGGCCAGAAGACCAAGAUCGACAACGUGCUGCAGAGCAGCGGGAACCAGCUCUUCCCCAAGAGCCUGCUCAUCACCAAGCGUCUGCCGGCCAACGGGGCAGGCGGGGUGGCGCCCCACGUCAAGAACGGCGGCUGGGGGGACAUUAGGGACCACGAGCUCUGCAAGAGCUACCUGCGACUACAGUGACCUUAUACGACCCUUUGGGGUUUCUUCUUUUGUUUGUCUGUUUGUUUCAUUUUGUUUCGAUUGAUUGAUUGUUUUUUGCAUCCUCUUUAACAGAAAGCCUUUAAAAAUCCUUUUUCUUCAUAUUGCCUGUUUUAAAAAUGGACUGUUCCAAAUAAAAGGUAUGUGCGUUUGGAAUCUUA